CCCUUGAGUGGGUUUAGUGUCGUCCGAACUAUUUCCUACGGUGGACAUAUAAAAGUUGCAAAAACAAUUAUUCAUAAAAAUGGCCAGUCCAACGCGAAGUCUCCACAAAGUACUCGUCUCCCAUCCGCAUGUACCCAAAGUAGCCUUGGAGCUGCUCCAACAACGCGGAUGUGAAACAAUAGUGUGUGAGAGUGUUCCGCCGUCGCGUGCCGAAAUAAUAGGCAAAUUGCCCGGAGUGGAUGCUAUUUUCUGGGCGCACUACCAACCGCUCAAUGGCGAGAUACUCGACGCCGCGGGCAAGCAAUUGAAAGCGGUUUCCACCAUGUCGUCGGGCAUUGAUUACGUCGAUAUUGCGGAAUUCAAGCGUCGUCAAAUGCCAUUGGGGCACACUCCAGGCAUAGUGAAGAACUCAGUGGCAGAUUUGACCGUAGGAUUGAUGAUAUCUGCCGGCAGGCAUUUCCAAGCCGGACGACAGGAGAUUGAGAAUUCUCUUUGGCGUACGGAGCGCAUCAACCGGCUGAUGGGUCAGGAGGUGCGCGGCUCUGUGGUGGGCUUUUUCGGCUUUGGCGGUAUAGGUCAGGCUAUUGCGAAGCGUUUGCAGGGUUGGGAGGCAGCCAAAAUCAUAUACCACACACGUUCGACGCACGAAAAUCCCUAUGGCGCCAUUCAUGUGCCUUUCGAGCAGCUACUGCGCGAAAGUGAUUUUCUUGUGGUCACUUGCCCAUUGACGGCGGAGACGCGCGGAAAAUUCAAUGCUGACGCUUUUAAGCAAAUGAAGUCGAAUUGUGUUUUCGUGAAUGUAGGCAGAGGAGGCAUCGUUGUUCAAUCAGCUCUCGUUGACGCUUUGAAAAAUGGUGAAAUUGCUGCUGCAGGCUUAGACGUAAUGACACCAGAACCACUUCCUGCAGAUGAUCCUCUUAUGAAGCUGCCAAAUUGUGUCGUCAUUCCACAUUUGGGCACCCAGACAAUGCAGACGACUUCUGAAAUGGCACUGACAGCUGCGAAUAACAUACUAAAUGCAUUUGAGGGUAAACCGAUGGUUUGUCCCGCCUACUAAAUGCACUUAAAUAUUAUUAUGUACAUAUGUCUGUGUGUAUAUACUUGUUCGCAUUUAUUGUUGUUUCAUAUUUUAAAUAAAAAUUGAAGAAACUUA